AUGGUAUCUACUUUUUCUCUAUUUCGACUUCCUGAAAAUGCUAUCAUCCACGUGCUCCAAAACAUGGAAAUUAAUCAACUAUUGAUUAUCUCCCUGAUCUCAUCGAAAACCAAACAAAUUGUGACAUCAUUAGGCAUAGAAGCCCGUUAUGUUGGCAUCAACAUUUACCGAUGUAUUUGGGUAACUGUGUCCAUCGAUAAAAACCAUUUGAAUCUGACUUUCUAUAACGAUUCAAAUAAUCUGCAUGAGUUAUCACCCGUAGAUAUAACUCUCCCAGUUUCUGCUCAUUCAGAAGAUCAAGGAAUAAGAAUUCCGUCAUCAACUGCAUUCAACUUCAGCAAUUGGUUGAAUCACAUCAAGACCGUAUUCUGUUGGAUUAAACCACCGAAUGUAUAUUUUUCUCAAGGCUGUGAGCGAUUUGAAGUUCAAUCGUUGAAAAAUGCAAUUGGAAAUGUCGAUGCUCUCUCUGUGUCAAAUCAAUUGACUAAUAUUUUGAGCAGGGAAGUUUUGAAGUAUUUCAAAACUCCCAAAAAGUUAACUAUAGGAAAGAAUCCGUUUGAAGAAACUUGUGAGAUUCAGACGCUUUUCGUUCAAAACUUCAGAACUAUCGCAUUUCAUGAAGUAUACUCAUUGGAUGAUAUGUUAUCCCUCAAUUGUAAGAAAGCACAUUUUACCCAUCUAAUAUCUCAGAAACAAUUCAAUCAAUUUGUGAAACACUGGAUCCGUGGCUCAAACCGAAGGCUACAGUACAUGACUCUAUCAAUCGAUGCAACUGAUUUUGCUAACGGAAAAGUGUAUUUAAAUGGAAUUGAAACCAUGAAAAUGAGAAAAAUAGAGAAAAAAGAAAUCCGUCGAGCACACAGAAUAUUAAUACGUAAAAUGAUUCGGAUAAGACGAAAAGACGGGACACCUGCAGUGAUUGGAACGGUGAAAAGAGAGAAUAUUCUUUAUGUUCAUUUCAUUGUGUUGUACUAA